AUGAAUGAAGCAAAACCGGUGAGCACUCCAUUAGCAAACCACUUCAAGCUUUCUGUUGAUCAGUGUCCCAAGUCGGACAAGGAGACUCAGGAUAUGGUGGAGAUACCUUAUGCCAGUGCUGUUGGAUGUCUGAUGUAUGCCAUGGUAUGUACUCUUCCUGAUUUAGCUCAUGCUGUUGGUCAAGUUUGCAAGUAUAUGUCUAGGCCGGGUAAACAGCAUUGGGAGGCAGUCAAAUGGAUUUUCAGAUAUUUGAAAGGUACUGCUGGACAUGGUAUUGUGUUUGGAGAUCAGCGGUUGGAUCCUUUGGUUGUAGGAUAUGUGGAUUCGGAUUAUGCUGGGGACUUGGAUAAUAGGAGAUCUACCACUGGGUGCAAAACGCAAAAGAGGUUGUUUUGGUCCUUCGGGGUUUUCGAGGACUUCGAGUUCAAGUCCACUACGAUCGCCUCUUGCAUCAUUGAAUGA